GCGCAGCUGAGUUUUCUGCUCGUCCGCUGACUGGCUGGUUCCGGUUUAGGCUCCGCCAUGGCGCCGAGCUUUAUUAUGAACAGAUAACCGGUUCGGGUCUCGCUCAGGCGGGAUGGAGGAGGUGCCGGACACGGGCACAAGUGCGCGAGCGGAGAGGAAGGCGUUGGAAAAGGCUAAAAUCCAGCAACGGGAGAGCGAGAGGAACAUCCUCCGGCUGGUCGGACAGGUCCUGAAGAAACCGGAAGCUGAGCGGUCCGAGGAGGAGGCCGCGGCGCUGCUGCUCCACAGAGACGCCGCGGAGGAGCUGUGCAGGAGACGGAGCCGCAGGGACGGCCUCCGGAGGAAGCAGGAGGAGGUUUUUGAUGACGCUGAAGUGCUGAAAGGUAAAGUGCAGCAGUUAGCCGCCGCCGUCCGUCAGGCCAGUCACCUGGUGGUUUACACUGGAGCGGGGAUCAGCACGGCAGCAUCCAUCCCAGAUUACAGGGGGCCCAACGGGGUGUGGACGCAGCUGCAGAGGGGGCAGGCCGUCAGCUCGUCGGACUUGAGUCAAGCUGAGCCGACACUUACACACAUGUGCAUCAGGAUGCUGCACGAGGAGAAGCUGGUGAAGCAUGUUGUAUCUCAGAACUGUGACGGCCUUCAUCUGCGCAGCGGUCUGCGCAGACACGCCCUGUCAGAACUCCAUGGAAACAUGUUCAUCGAGGUGUGCACUUCCUGCUCUCCGGUCAGAGAGUACGUGCGCUUGUUCGAUGUGACGGAGCGGACCUCACUGCACCGCCACGCCACUGGUCGCAGCUGCAGCUGCUGUGGCGCAGAACUCCGAGACACCAUCGUUCACUUCGGAGAGCGCGGGAGCCUGGAGCAGCCGCUGAACUGGGAGGGGGCCGUGGAGGCAGCCAGGAGGGCCGACGUCAUUCUCUGCCUGGGCUCCAGUCUGAAGGUGCUGAAGAAAUACUCCUGUCUGUGGUCCAUGAACAGACCCGUGAAUAAAAGGCCGAAGCUCUACAUCGUGAACCUUCAGUGGACGCCCAAAGACGACCUCGCUGUCCUGAAAAUUCACGGCAGGUGUGACGACGUCAUGCGGCGGCUCAUGGAGGAGCUGAACCUCCAGAUACCUGCGUACGACAGGACGAAGGACCCCAUCUUCAGUUUAGCCGCCCCUCUCAGGCCAGAAGAGCUGCACAGUCACACCCGUGAGCUCAUAGCACCCCCCAGUGGACAGGACAGGGGCUCCGCUGACUGCGGGGUGCAGAUGAAGGAAGGCCCCCAUGUGCAGGGGGGCUGGUUUGGACGAGGCUACGGCAAAGGAAGGAGGAAGAGGAGGAAAAAAGCGGCAUGACACUGGAACAUGUGGAUCAUGGACGAGUUUUAGGGUGCUUUGAUGUGAAUCACCUCUGUAGUGUGGGGGGUGUUCUGAUGUUUACAAAGACUUCACUGCGUUGUGCAGCUUCUGUUCUUGGCGCCGGCAGCGGAACCGUCUAUAGUUCAGCUGAACGUUUGGGCCGACAGAACCGUUUCCAUGGUCUCAGUGUUGUCUGUUGGUGGAAAGCUGCGGCGGUGUUCCUUCAUGAUGUCUCAUGUCUGCAGUUUUAUAAAUAGAUCAUGGGUAUAUUUUUGUAGAGUUUAUUUUCAGGUGAUGGAAACUGGAUUUGGUUUCCGGUGUUUGGUUCCCCUGGUUUGCUCUGCUGCGACCUCAGGUCUGCUGUGGGUUAACUUAUGUGUACUGCACCAUGAGGAGCCAUGAAUCUGCUUUUCCUGUGAGGUCAUCUUCAUCGUGGCAGGAGCCGCUGAAGUGAACCAUCCUUGUUUUGUUUUUUUCCAAAGUUAAUGCACGGAGGAGUGAAUAAAUGCUGGCUUUUCAUCCUUU